GAGAGCUUUGACAGCUCACAGCUCCGCUGUGCUCGGAUCCAGACUGGAAGAGGUUAAUUUCUUCUUCGGAAAACCCCAUUGUUCGGUCCGUGAAGGGGGGAGAAUGGCACAUACCAUUUGACGAGGCAUUCAGCUCCAGUGAAUGAAAUGCUGUGAAUGCGAAUUCGAAUCCCCCCUGUCCGAGGUGAAGGGGUCCGCGGCGCAUACAGGGGUUCAAAUACUCAAAAUAAGCUGUUGGUGUAAAACUUGGAUAACCCCGAGACAACUAGGACUCCAUUUCAAUUGCCACUGAUUUAAAUCGGAAAAGUGAUGAAAAAGUUGCCGUGAAUCAUCACCGAUGGAUGUGGAAUACAAAGUGUCCAGCUUUUAGCCGCUGUGGAGAGAGCGCAAACUUCAGAAGUUCCCGUCUCCGGUGACAGAUUCAAAAACCGACUGAAAUAAUGUGAAAUGCUUUCUACGGAAUAAUUGAAUACACAAACGGACGUGCAACUUUUUAAUGCAUUUCUUCAAGGACUGUUCUGUCAUCUUGAAAGAUUAUUCAAAGCAAUACUUUUUAUCCCAUCUGUCUGAGGACUGGAUAAUUUAAACUGGAUAAUAGCACGCACUUGCCAGUUGAACCAAGAGCGGCUGAAUCGGGAUGAUUAUCUACUGGAAUAGAGUCCUUAUAAAGAAAACCCCAAAUCGCAUUUGAAUCCUUUCUCUUGUGUUUAUUAUUUUGUCAGUGUUUUUUGUUUUGUUUAGUUUUUUUACUGAAUUGCCAUGCUUCACUCUUAUGAAGACGCAGGAAUUGUGUUACCAAACAAAUAAAGCCAGCAGAACACUUACAUUUUUUUCCCUAAAUUUUGAAAUGAUUUUUGACAUUUCAUAUCAAGAUUAUGAAGGAGUGGAUCGUUAAAGUAUUUCAAAAAUAAUUUGGAUUACUUGAGACAUUUUAUCAUUCAAGAGACGUUAAAUAAUGUCUCCAACAUCAAUUGGAAUUGCGUUAUUAUUUGGAUUUCUCCAUGUGUGCUCAGGAUCCCGUCUGCGCCAGGAGGACUCCCCGCCCCGCAUCGUGGAGCAUCCCUCCGACCUGAUCGUGUCCAAGGGGGAGCCGGCCACCCUCAACUGCAAGGCGGAGGGGCGGCCCACCCCCACGGUGGAGUGGUACAAGGACGGGGAGCGGGUGGAGACGGACCGGGACAACCCUCGCUCCCAGCGCAUGCUGCUGCCCAGCGGCUCCCUCUUCUUCCUGCGCAUCGUCCACGGACGACGCAGCAAACCGGACGAGGGCUCCUACGUGUGUGUCGCCCGCAACUACCUGGGAGAGGCCAUCAGCCACAACGCAUCGCUGGAAGUAGCCAGUAAGUGCAGCUUGGGCUUUUCUUAUAUCCUGUUGGUUUGGUCUGGAUGAAGGGGCAGGGUGGUACCGAAGCUGAAUGGCCAGCUUCAGUUUCCUUCUCUGUUCCUGUUGCUCAAUGUGCUCAUUGGGUUGGAUAAUCUCCCAGGAGAUGGCCAGGAUGUGUUUGGCCCUGCGGUCUCGAAGGGCCAGGGGCCUGGGGAGCCUGGGGGGGAGAGAUGCCCUGAUCAUCCCAGGGUGAGCGCUCCUCUAUAGGGCCCAGGGUAGGAGGCCGGGUGGGAGACACAAUGGUAACAAAGCUCUCUCUGUUGUCUGCUGUUUGUUAGGGAGAUGGCUAAGAGCUCCUAUACACAAACCAGGCUACUCAUUGUAAGUCUGCAUUCGGUCAUUUUUUUAUGGAGAGUGCUAGCUAGGUAUCUCAGUCAUUUAGCUGGAAGACCGGCGGUGUCAUGGAAAUGUGGACCUCUUUAUUGUCUGCUAGAGCUCCUUAAUGACAGCCCGGCUUUGAUGUGGAGUGCACAGAUCGCAUCAUGCUGAGGGCCAGGGAGCGUGUAAAUGGUUUAGGAGUCAAAAUCUUUCAAACAAACUCAGUCAGUAUCGUAAAUAAAGAAGGCAUAAGAGACCUUCCUUCAUUCAUUAAGCGUUUAACUUCGAUGCCUUUUCUCUUGCCACGUUUGUUCUCCAAUGUAUUCGAACGGCUGGUUCUAGUGAGUGAGGUCAGCUCUUCCACCAUUAUCAGUCAGCCGUCCUGAGAUCUGCAGAGUGAACGUCGAGGAGGGGGGUCUCAGAUAUCAGCUUCUUUUCAAGCAUGCACAGGAGCUGUCACCAAGCCUCUCAUUGUAAUCUAAUCAAGACAGAGGGAGAGAGCCUGAGAGAGAGCUGAAGAUAGA